UGCUCUUCUCCUACAAUUCAACGGCAACAAUUAUAUGGUCCACAACCCCACAUGACCAAAAAGCUCUGCUUUUUCCCUUCCUCAGCUUCACCGACAAACAGCAUCACCGUCCCCCCUUGUCUCCUCUUCUCCUCUCCUCCUCUCUAUCAUACAGGAUUAUAAUCUUCUGCAAUCCCAGCUCCGAUUCCUUCAAAAUCAAGCUGAUGAUCCCUUUCGUGGGCGGGUGAACCCUGAAGCAGAACCGCAGGGAAAGAAUCAGAUCGUCAACCUUAAUGAUGUACAUGAUCAAGGAGAAAGUGUCGGAGGGGCUGUCGCGCCUCUUCGCCGAUUCACCCAAUCCUGCCUCCGAUUCUUCUGCUUCUUCCUCUUUCGGGGACAGCAGGUCCAACCCAUCUAAGGCCAGGCUAUAUUCUCCAGAGGGGAAGUCUUUAUCUUCAUAUUUUUCCUAUAUAGGCUUCGGGCAGAAGAAGGAGGAGCAGGAGUUAAAACCAUACCAAUCACUUCUUGUUGCAUCCAGUGAUGAGAAUCUCAAAAGGCAUGAAACUGUAGAUAGUUGUGGAGCCAAUUCUCCACCAUAUAAAUGGUACGAAACCCCGAAGUGCAACCGAUGUAAUCCAACUCUUGAGAUAAGGAAGUCACUAGGUAAUAAGGAAGAAGAAGAUGAGACUGGAUCAGGAAAGAGUACCUCUAGUUCUGAUGUUUUUGAAGAAGCAGCCGAGCCACACAGUCCAGAGAAGCCUUUACGAAAUCUCAUGGAUGACUCGGCUUUUAUUUUGCCUGAUUUGUACGAAUUUUUGCACUCGUCCCUUCCGAAUAUUGUCAAAGGGUGCCAGUGGGUUUUGCUCUACAGUACGGCGAAACAUGGUAUAUCACUACGUACACUUAUUCGGAAGAGCAGUGAGCUUUCUGGUCCUUGUUUGCUGAUUGCUGGAGAUAUGCAAGGGGCUGUGUUUGGUGGGCUGCUAGAUUGCCCCUUAAAACCCACUCCAAAAAGAAAGUAUCAGGGGACAAACCAAACAUUCGUAUUUACAACCUUAUACGGUCAACCGAGACUAUUUAGGGCAACUGGUGCCAAUAGGUACUAUUACAUAUGCAUGAACGACUUGCUUGCACUUGGUGGUGGCGGCAACUUUGCUUUAUGCUUAGAUGCAGAUCUGCUUAGUGCAACGAGCGGACCUUGUGAAACAUUUGGGAGCUUGUGCUUGGCUCAUAACCCAGAGUUUGAGUUAAAGCAUGUCGAGCUAUGGGGCUUCGCGCACGUGUCAAGUUACCUUACAUGACUCGGUUCAUACCCAGCCUGCCUGUACUCUCUGGAUUUAUAUUAGGGUUCCUAAUUCUUUAUUCGUUAGCUUCUUCUCAAGUUCGAUUUCAGGGGAGGAGUUGCAGGCUGUAGGUACUGCUAUUUCAGUAGAUAUUGUUUGCCCAGUCAUUGAACUUGUGGUUGUCAUUUAUAUUUAUGCUGCUAAAAGAAAUAUACAAAUCAAAUUCCGUUUUGAUGCAAGAUCUUUGUUAAGAUGACACCACGCUAUUGUUUUGUCAAUGUACAUGGAAAUAGAAAGUAAGCCUUGUGGUAA